AACAGCCUCUUAUUUACACACAGUUUGCUUACCAAAGGCAGUUUAGGAGUUAAAAGCUUAUUGUCUUUUUUUUAAGCUCUACUGUAGUCUAAUUUGUUUUAGAAUGUCUGUUUUUAAAAGGCGAAGCCUUCUUGCAUUAGCACUUUCUGGCUGAUACCGUUAGCCGUAUGUGUUUAUCAGUUGGCUCCCGUUAUCUGGCAGCCUCUAGGUUUGCAGGAUAAACGCAGAAGUGAAGAAGAAAGUACCAACGACAGCUUUGUCCUCACAGAAAGACAAUUCCAUGGUACGAUUAAUUAAUUGAAAUCUUCUGUCUGCCGCUCGUGCUUUUUUGAUUUUUUUUUUUCUAUGAAUGAGUCGGCUUGUUUUAAGGAAAUCUCUAAAGUUUGGUUGUAGAGGGCGAAUUCUACUUUAUUAAUGCAUUUCAGGCAGGGGUAAAUAAAUAAUCUGGGGUAAAAUAAUCUGCCAGUAGGCGUUUGAUUUACUGAGAUAACAAGUAGCAUGAUAUUUAGGUUAUCCACACCGGCUACUUUGUUAGGUACACCUGUUUUGCUACUUGUUAAGGCAAAUAUAGUUAGGUGGCAUGGUCGCUGGUGCCAAGACGAGCUCGUAUGAGUAUUUCAGAAAGUGACUUCUGGGACUUUCCCAACCAUCAACCAUCUGUAGAAGAAAAGAAAAAAAACUCCAGGGAGAAUGGUCACACUACAUAAGGAACACUGGUUACAACCAAGGUUAGCAGUAUAGGGUGAUGGGCUACAGCGGCAGAAGCCCACAGUGUGUGCCACUCCUAUCUGCUAAGAACAGGAAAGUGAGGCUACAAUUCAUACAGGCUCACCAAAAUUGGCACAAAAGUUUGGCAGAAUGUUUCCAGGUCUCACAAGUCUUGAUUUUUGCUGCAACGUUGAGACACUCCAUCCCUUUAUGACCAAAGAUUGGCCAUCUAUUGAUGGCUGCUUUCAGCAGGAUAACUCACCAUGUCAUAAAGCUCAGAUCUUGUCAGACUAGUUUCUUGAACGUGUCAAUGAUUUCACUGAACUCAAAUGGCCUCCACAGUUGCCAGAUCUCAGUAGAGCAACUUGUGGAUGUGGUGAUAUAGGAGAUAUGCAUGUGAAGCUGACAAAUCUGCAGCAACUGUGGUGCACCAGGGUCUUUCCAGCACCUUUUUGAAUUUGUGCCAUGAAGAAUUAAGGUCGUUCUGAAGGCAGAGGUGUGCCUAACAAAACGGCCUGUAAGUGUUUCUGAAGGUUUUUUUUGUUUGUUUGUUGUUGUUGUUUUUUACAAAUUUAAAAAGUCUAAAAUCUCAUUAUAUAAUAUUGUGAUUAUUGUCUGGAUUUCUAGCAUGUACAUCUAAUCGCAUUAAAAUGCCACAGUCCCAGUGGCUCAUUUGUAAAAAAAAAAAAGAAAGAAAAGAAAACAAGCAAACUACCUAAAAACCAGAUGCACAACCUCUCUCUCUGUUUUUUUUACGCUAUAUUUUACUUUACUUUAUUUUACUCUGUAUUUCUUGUAGUUUUGUAUUCAUGGUGUAUUAUGGUUUUCUGUAACUGAAUGUUGUAAUUUUUGUUUUUGCAUCGUGAAUGAAAAAGCCCAACAAGGGACAAGGGUUGGAAUUUAGCAAUAGCUAUAAACUCUAUUUGCACCACAUCAGUUUCAUGAUCCAUAUCAGAACUAUGUUAAACUGCAUUGUCCCUACUAAAUAAAUAAAAUUAUGUCUACAGGGCUUAAAAAUGGGCGUGUCUUUCAAAUACAUUACACAAGAGGCUGCUUUGUUUAACAGCACUGAACAAAGUAUGGGUAUCACUGAGUUUAAUGCAAUCUGUGGCAGAAAAAAAUCAAAAUACAACAAAAACGACUUAAUGCGCAGCUGCAGUGUCAGCACUUUCAUGCGGCCUGUGAUCCUCUGAAGUCAAUCAUUACACCAAAGGUACACAACUCCAGCCAGUGUCUGACCAGAUUGUUGCCACACUGCCUAACCUCUGAGCAGGAGUCCAAACACAGCAGGCUUCCACAGGAAUACACCAGCUUCAUAUCACAUUUGCAACCUUCACAGUCAUCAGACUUGACCGUAAACAAGACGUGAUGACUGAACAACACAAAAAAAGCUCUUAAAAAUUGUGAAUUUGAGGACAUUUCUGCUCAGAUCCACUGAAUUAUCAAUGGCCCGUGUUCUUUCCUUGUUCCGGUCUCAGCCUUUUCUGCAUCUUGUGGCGAGGAGAAAACCCACGUUCUGCAAAAUGUCAAUGGACACGCGGGCACGUGAAGUGUUUGCAGCUGCAGUGGAAGCCGUGCAGCCAGAUACUGUGGUCCGUCAAAGUAUCAAGCGCAAGGAGGACUCUGUUGUUAUUGAUGGUCGCACAUUCACGCUCAAACACAACCUGCACUUGGUGGGCUUUGGAAAAGCUGUGCUGGGAAUGGCUGCUGAGGCAGAGAGGAUUGUGGGUGAUCAUUUAGUGAAAGGAGUCAUAAGCGUGCCACAUGGGAUUCAGCAAACAUUACAGCAGCACGGGAAAGACCAUCUGCUGCUAAAAGAAAACAGCCGCAUCAAAGUAAUAGAGGGAGCUAAACACAACUUGCCUGAUGCUGAUGCCCAGAAGGCAGCUGAGAUGAUCAAGCAUUUAACCAGUGAGCUGACAGAGAAAGACUUGCUUCUUGUACUGAUUUCAGGUGGGGGCUCUGCAUUGCUACCUGCACCCAUCCCGCCAAUCACCUUGCAAGAAAAGCUACAUGUUACCCGCAGACUUGCAGGUGCUGGUGCCACUAUUCAGGAGCUGAACACCAUACGUCGUGCCCUUUCGUUGUUAAAGGGUGGAGGGCUUGCACAUCAUGCUCACCCUGCACAGGUUGUUGCACUGAUACUAUCUGAUGUGAUUGGGGAUCCUCUUGACUUGAUAGCUAGUGGCCCCACAGUGAUGAGUCGGGUGUGGCCUGAGGAAGUUUUGUCAAUCCUUGAACGUUACAAGCUGUUAAACUUGCUUCCGACAUCAGUAAAGGAAGUCCUUGACAAACCAAAUUGUAGGUGGAAAGAGAAUAAGGAUGAAUCUGAUCCAUCGGGACAUGUUCUCAAUGCUGUGAUUGGUUCCAAUGGUGUUGCCCUUAAACGCGCUGGUCUCCGGGCUCGAGAGCUGGGCUUCCUCCCUGUAGUCCUUUCGCCAAGUGUGUGUGGAGAUGUGCGGUCUGUGUCUAGACUCUACGGCAUGCUGGCCCGCUUUGCCUGUUCUCGAGAGGAACCUCCUCCUGACAUCGCCACUGAGGUGUUGAAGCUGGGCCCUGAAGUUGGUGUGGAGAGCUGGGACCUCUGCCGUACAAUGCAGGUUUUGGAAGAAGGGCGUACAGAGGGAUGGGGUGCCACAUGUCUGUUAGCUGGAGGCGAACCCACUGUGGAGCUAACAGGCAAAGGCCGAGGUGGUCGGAACCAGGAGCUGGCUAUGCGAGUGGGGCUGGAACUGAGAAGCCUAGGGCUUCCGCCUAAAGGGCCAGUCUUUCUGAGUGGGGGCACUGAUGGUCAGGAUGGACCCACUGAGGCAGCAGGGGCGAUUACUGAUGGCGGUUUGUACGAUGAAGCGAAAGGUCAGGGCCUGGACAUCGACAACUUCCUUAUCAACAAUGAUUCUUACACGUUUUUUUCUCGUCUUUCUGGUGGGCAGCGUUUACUCGUACCCGGCCUAACUUGCACGAAUGUAAUGGAUGUGCACAUGCUACUGAUUCCAGCUAUUCCUAUUAACAUUAGAUAAUCCCAAAACACAAAAAAUUUAAGGAAACUGAACCUGUUUUUCAACUCUAUGCAGACAUUUUUGCACCAUAUUUAUGAAUCUAAAUGAAAGAUUGUGUUGGUAAAUAAAGAUGUAAUUGAAAAACCCCACACAUAUAUAUGUAAAAGUAUUACAACGCAAACAGUAAAUGAAGAAGUGUGAGGGUGGGAGUUAGCACUGUCGUCUCACAACAAAAGAAGUUCCUGGGUUUCCUGUGGGUACUCCAGCUCCCUCCCACGUUUUACAAGGACUGAGUAUAUAAUUUAAAUUUCUGGAAAUACACACUGCCGUUAUAAUAGUAAUAAAAACACUUGUACAGUUUAAAAAUCUCCACCAUCCUUUAGUGGUUUUAAUUAGAUGUUUUGUUAGAAUUGUUCUAUUUUUUUUCUUUAGUUUUGUUGUUGUUGUUUUUAAUUUAUUAUAGUUUCCUGAGUGGUUUUACUCAUUUUAGUUACAGUGUGAAUAUGUUUAGUUUUGACCAGUUUCAGUAUUAGUUUUAAGUCAUUUUUUAAUUAUUAAGGCAUGAUUUAGUAAUGGUAUUAAAAUAAAAACAAUAACUUUUUGACUUAACUCAAAGUCUUUUACACGUCCAGACAUGUUCAUCAAAGCCUCAUCAGGCAAGUUGUGGUAAAAAAAUUUUUAGUAACUAAAGUAAUUAAUUUUAAAACCGAAGAUAUUUCCUGUAGAUUUUAUUUCAGUUUUUUUUUCAGGUUCCAAAAAUUGUGUCAGUUUAUUUUUUUCUCCAAAAAUAUAGUUUGUAUUUUUAUUUUAAUUAACUAAAAAAAAAAACCCCACCUAGUUCUAGUUUUUAGAUCAAAAUAACUGUUUUACAUCACAUCUUGACCCCACACACACACAGAUACACACACACACACACACACACACACACACACACACACACACACACACACACACACACACACACACACAAGGUACUCUUUGUUCACA